AUGUCUCAAUCCGGUGCUUCCGCCUCCCAGGAGUGCGUUACUGCCUACAACGAGCUCAAGCUCAACAAGAAGUACAAGUACAUCAUCUACAAGCUGAAUGACAAACACACCGAAAUUGUCAUUGAGAACGCCUCGACCGAGGGUGACUGGGAGGUUUUCCGCAACCAGCUUGUCAACGCCACCACCAAGACCAGAACCGGUGAGGGCAAGGGCCCCAGAUACGCUGUCUACGACUUCGAGUACAACCUUGCCUCUGGCGAAGGUACCCGGAACAAGCUGACCUUCAUUGCUUGGUCGCCCGAUGAUGCGCCGAUCAUGGCCAAGAUGGUCUAUGCCUCGUCUAAGGAGGCUCUGCGCCGCGCCCUGACUGGUAUUGCCGUUGAGAUCCAGGCAAACGACGCCGACGACAUUGAGUACGAGACCGUGCUGAAGACCGUCAGCAAAGGCCAGGCUUAA